UACCGGCACACUCGAAGCAUGUAAAAGGAGAACUUAACUGAAUAGCAAUAGUUGCAAAGCGGACAUUCCGAAUUAAUUGAUUAAAAUAAAUGUCUAUAUCACUGGAAUGUGAAACAAGAAGCUUAGACCAAAGAAGUACUUAUGUGGAAGAAGAGUCUGACUCGAAAAAAUUACCAGAACCCUUGAAAACUGAUUUAUACAUAAAAAAACCUACUGACAAUGGAGUUAAUCAUCAGUUGAAUAGAAUGAGUAAUGUUACUUUUGAAACUAUUCAACCAAAUUAUCUGGCAGAAUCUAAUACUCAUUCUACAAAUGGUGACUUCCAUGAUGUUGAUUUAGAGGAUGAAGAAAGAUUGCUUGUUGAUGAGUCAACAAAUGAUGAUCAAUUAGAAGUAAGUGAUAAUGAAGAAAAACUUCUUCUAAGUGAUGAUGAAAAUUCUGCAGGUAGUGAAUAUAAAAUUAGUAUUGACAGUGAAAAAAAUAAAAUAAAUUGUUUCCCACCUGUAAAUGAAGAAAACUCAUCAAAAAGUCAGUUUAUUGACUGUGAAAUAACUUCUGAACUACAAAAAAAUAAUGACAAUAAUGAAAAUUUACUUUCUGCAGAAUUGAAUGAGUGUCAUCAUUCUGUUGCUGCUGCAGAUACAAGUAAAGAAAGUCGUAUUGCUGAGCAACUCACAAAAGUUGAGUUACUCAAGGAAGAACUAAAAUGUGAAGAAGCAGCUUUAAUAUUCCUUAAAAAAAUUGUAGAAUCUCAACAAGAAAAUAUAUAUGGCAAAUUAAACUGUGGGUCCUCUAAUUUACACUCAAGACAAAUAACACACGUGCCAAAAGGAAAUACAUCUUCAAAACAAUUGCCCUUACAACCUAAUAAGUCAAAUCAACCAAACCAACAAAGUCAAAAGUACUAUAUUCAAGUUGGCAAUCAGUUAGUACCAGCACCUGCUGCUGGCACUCCAGGGACUAACCAAUCAAAUCAGUACAUAAAUACCACUAAUGGUUCUCAAAGUUCACAACCUCAAUCUCAGAAACAAACUUCUAUACCACCUAAAAUAUCUGCAGAGCAAAAACAAAAUGCUGCAAAAACGGCGUUACAUCGUCAGCUUGAACAAACACUUCUUCAAAUACCACCUCCUAGACCACCUCCAGCUGAUUGGAAAGCCAUUCCUAAUGUGAACAGCAUGGAUUUUAUGAUGCUAGUAGGUCUGGAUGAAGUUGUUGACUCUAUAUUAGAAAUGGAUUCAAAACCAACAAUUAAAAAAGCAUUAGCUGAGUUAAUUCCUUACAAUCCUAGAGUUUGCAAUCAGUGCAAUGUAGAUUUUUCCCCAUGCUGGAAAAGCAAAGAUGGGGAAGAUUUUGUUUUGUGUGAAAGAUGUGCUCUGCAAAAUAUUAAAAGAGACUUAAAAGCUGAGCAUACUAAAAGAUUAAAAGACGCUUUUCUCAAAGCUCUUACACAAGAGCAAGAAAUAGAAGAGAGGAUAAAAGCUGGGGAAGAAGUUAACAUACCGAGCUUAGCAAGCAAUGAUAAAAUUGAGCGUAUCAAUCAACCAUCACCAACAUUUCUUCACCAAAUACCACUUAUUUCGUUACCGCAAACGCAUCCAAUUAUUCAACCUAGUCACUUACCUCAGCAUGUGCAAAGUCCUACAGAAUCUCGGAACCAGCCUUCUGCCAGUAAUCACCACCAUCGAACUGUCGGUAAUCAUCAUCAGCAUAAAAUAGUAUCUCAUUAUCCUCACCACACUUCACUUGUUCAACAGUUACACCACCAACAUAUUCAACAACAACAGCAUGAAAUCGAACCUCAGCGUCACAGCUCUUCUAGGUGGCAUCCUUAUAUGUCUACAUCCAGCCACCAUCACCGUGAGCAUGGACACCAUCGUAGUUAUAAUCCAUCUCCAUCUUCAGGUGAUAUUACAAAUCAUCAGGAGUAUUAUGUAGUUCAUCAUCCUCAACAUUCAAGUGUCAGGUAUAUUAGUCGAUAAUUUGUCUAUUUUAGCAAAAGGUCUAAUGAUCAUCAAAUUUUAAAAUAGAGGCUCUUCUGCGUUCUCAUUUAAAUAUUUAGUCCAGACCAAAAAAGUAACAAACAAUAAUAACAGCAUCCAAGUUUUUGAUUAUUAUAUCAAAAAAGUUAUUGAUAGUUCACCAAUUAGUGAUCCAUAUGAUACAUUUAUUGAAAAAAGUACUACUUUUGGAAACAAGCAUUCGGUUCCUUUUACUUCAUUUUGGUAUUAACAAUUUUGUUGAAAUGGUCUUUGAAUCCUUUAACACAUUACAAAUUAGUUAUAUGAUAUUGUACGAAAAGCAAUUGUACUUAACUGGCUUUGCUUUUUGAUCAAUUAUUCUAUGUGCUAGAGGCA